GAAUAAUUUUCAUUUCAGUUUUGACUUUUAUUUUCCGAGUUUGCGUCGUAAAUUGAAAGUUUUCUUCAAAAAUUGCGUGCAGAUUACUCAAGCUUUUGGUGAAAUAUUACUCUGAUCUACUAAGUCAUCAGCAUUAACGAAAACAAAUCUAUUAGGAAGGGGUCUGAAAUAUUGUAACAAUGGCAUACUUGUUUCCGAAUUUAUGUCGUUGCAUUUGUUUAAGAAAUCGCAGCGGCAUUCAUAUUGGCCAAACUGCGUCAUAUCAUGCAAAUGUUAUAGAUCAUUACGAAAACCCUAGAAAUGUCGGUUCAUUGGACAAAAAGGACAAGAAUGUUGGAACAGGAUUGGUAGGAGCUCCAGCUUGUGGUGAUGUCAUGAAGUUACAAAUCAGAGUGGAUGACGAUGGAAAAAUUAUUGAUGCUAAAUUCAAGACUUUUGGAUGUGGCUCAGCUAUUGCAUCAAGCUCCCUUGCUACAGAAUGGGUCAAGGGAAAGACAGUUGAUGAAGCGUUAAAACUGAAGAAUACUGAUAUUGCUAAGGAACUGUCCUUGCCACCUGUCAAGUUACACUGUUCUAUGCUUGCAGAGGAUGCCAUCAAAGCUGCUCUCUCAGACUACAGAAUCAAACAACAGCACAAUGAAAAGUAAAUGAGCCUUAGAUGCUAUGAGGAACAGAUCUGUGAUUGUAUUAAGAAUGUUGGAUAGAAUUAAAAAUUUAUUAAAUAGAACUUAGGAAUUUUAUGUUAUCUUAUAUAAACACUGCUAUAGUCAAUAGCUAUUAUCUUGUGGCAGUAUAAUAGUUGUUGUUUUUUUUUCGAAUAAAUAGAUGAUGUGAC